AUGCACGAAGUCAACAUCCGCUAUGGCAUGCCUCUCGGCUACGGCCCGCCUCCAGGGCCCAGACAGACAGCACCGAGUGGAGAGCAGCACGCAGGCUGGGAGAAGGUGAAGACAACGACUGCAACUGUCUUGUUCAAAGCGCCUCGCGAGAUACUCGCGACCUUCCUUCCCCACAAGUCCUUCACAAUCGACGCAGGAGGCUCUCCAGGGGAUGAAUCGUAUGCGUCAAUCGUCUUCACGCGCCUGGAGAACCUCCCGUGGCUUGCUGGACGAGGCUACAACCACUGUGGAUUCUAUGUUCACGAUGUGGUAUGUCCAGAUCGCGACGAGCAAGUUCGCGGAAAGUACCUCAGCGUACUGUUUGAGAAUCGUGCGGAUCCAAUCAUUACAGGCAGAGAACAGCUCGGAUACGCAAAGGUUUUCGCUACACUUGACGAAGUCCGGAAAAAUGACGAGCUGGUGAUUGGCAUGGGUUGGGAAGGAUCUACCUUCGGAACAAUGACGCUGAACGGUCUCCAGGAAGUAUCGCCACCGUCUGUCGUUGAUACGCUACCAGACUCAUUCGCGCCUUCUCAAGGUCUGCUGCACUUCAAGUGUAUUCCGAAGACUGGCGGGCCCGGCUACGAUGCUAUGUAUCCGACCUUCACCCCUGGGUCACUUACGUCAAUGUCGACCACGAAGCAUGUCGAGACAGCUGCUUCCGCGAAACUCGAAUUCAUGGAUCUGGGUUGUGAGAAACUGCCAACUUUACAUCAUAUUGCGACGCGUCUGGCGAGUCUGCCCACAGCCAAUAUUGUCCACGCCGGUGUCAUAGAGUCAGUCGGAUCCACAGAUGUGAGUGGGCAAAGGGCUAUCGCGCUAAGUGGUGCGGACUCGGUCUUAGAAGAGGCCCGGUCGUCGCCGGUGGGCAUAUAG